UAUUUCACAACUUCAGACCAUUUUUCUCUCUCUAUUGCUCAAUCUUUCUUCUUUGAUUUCCCAAAGAAUAAAACAAGAGAAUAUGGCAGCAGAGCUUUUUCUUACGUUUGCCAUGGAGGAGACUUUGAGAAGGGUGAGUGCCAUGGCUGUUGAAGGGAUCGGACAUGCUUGGGGAUUGGAGGAACAGCUGCAAAAGCUCAAGCAAUCCUUGACCAUGAUCCAAGCUACGCUCCACGAUGCAGCAACAAGGUCAGUCACAGACGCUUCUGUGAAGGGUUUGCUGGAGAAACUACAAGAAGUAGCUUACGAUGCUGAAGAUGUUCUAGACGAGUUUGCUUAUGAGAUUCUCCGAAAAGACCUAAAGAAGGGAAAGGUACGUGACUUUUUUUCAUCCCACAACCCUGCCGCAUUCCGUUUGAAUAUGGGUCAAAAAGUUCAGAAGAUCAAUGAAGCCCUGGAUAAAAUCCUGGAUGUUGGCUCUCGUCUUGGAUUGAGAAAUCUACCUGAAGUUAGGCGGGAUACACGCCGACAAACAGAUUCCAUCCUUGACAGCUCAGCAGUUGUCGUAGGAAGGGAGGAUGAUAUCUCUAAAGUUUUGGAGUUGCUGACUAGCAUGACCAAAUCCCAACAUGCCCUUUCAGUUGUCCCUAUAGUGGGGAUGGCUGGCCUCGGAAAGACUACUAUAGCAAAAAAGGUUUUCCAAGAAGUCAAGGACAGAAAGCUUUUUGAUGUAACGAUAUGGGUUUGUGUUUCUAACCAUUUUGAUGAAGUGAAGAUUUUACGAGAAAUGUUGCAAAAGAUUGAUAAAACUACUGGCCGGAUGGACAAUCUUGAUGCAAUUCUUGAAAACCUCAAGAAAGAGCUGGAAAAGAAAACGUUUCUUCUUGUUCUUGAUGAUGUGUGGAAUGAGGACCAUGAUAAGUGGGCUGGUUUGAAGGAGGGAUUGUUAAAAAUUAAAGACAAGAAUGGGAAUGCAGUUGUUGUUACAACCCGCCUUGAGGUAGUAGCAAACAUGACAUUGGAGACUUGUCCCGGGAGUCAGCACGAGCCAUGGAGACUGUCAGAGAAUCAAUGUUGGUCAAUUAUCAAGCAAAAGGCGAGUGGGGGUGGAGGAGCAUCCAUGACUUCAGACUUGGAGUCUAUUGGAAAAGAGAUUGCAAAGAAAUGUGGAGGGCUUCCAUUGCUUGCUAAUGUUUUGGGAGGAACUCUUCAUGGAAAGCAGGCAGAUGUGUGGAAGUCAAUUCGAAACAGUAGAAUUUGGGAUUCUCAGGAUGGAAAUAAAGAAGCUUUGCGCGUAUUAAGACUCAGUUUUGAUCACCUGUCUUCGCCAUCACUGAAAAAAUGUUUUGCAUACUGUUCCAUUUUUCCUAAAGAUUUUAAAAUUAAAAGGGAAGAGCUAAUUCAACUUUGGAUGGCUGGAGGUUUUCUCAGGCCAUCAAAUGGAGGGAUGGAAGACGAAGGCAACAAGUGUUUCAAUGACUUGCUUGCAAAUUCCUUUUUCCAAGAUGUUGAAAGGAAUGCGUAUGAGAUGGUAACAAGUUGCAAGAUGCAUGAUCUUGUGCAUGAUCUUGCAUUACAGGUCUCAAAACCAGAAAUAUUAAAUCUGGAGGCGGAUUCCGCUGUAGAUGGUGCAUCUCAUAUUCUUCAUCUCAAUCUCAUUUCUUGUAGGGAUGUGGAGUCAGCAUGUCGAGCGGUUGAUGCUAGAAAAUUGCGCACUGUUUUCUCAAUGGUUGAUGUAUUCAAUGGGUCUUGGAAAUUCAAUAGCUUGAGAACUCUCAAAUUGCGACGGUCUAAUAUCAUAGAGUUACCAGAUUCAAUUUGCAAGCUGAGACAUUUGAGAUAUCUUGAUGUCUCACGUACCCGUAUCAAAGCAUUCCCAGAAUCCAUCACAAAGCUUUACCAUUUGCAAACUCUAAGAUUCAUUCGUUGUUACUCAAUGCAAAAGCUUCCCAGGAAAAUGAGAAAUUUAGUGAGUUUGAGACAUCUUCAUUUUAGUGAUCCACACCUAGUGCCAGCUGAGGUGAGACUCUUAACACGCCUUCAAACUCUGCCUUUCUUUGUUGUGGGUCCAAAUCAUAUGGUUGAAGAGCUGGGAUGUUUGAAUGAACUAAGAGGAGCAUUGAAGAUAUGCAAGCUUGAACGGGUUAGAGGCAAAGAAGAAGCUGAGAAGGCAAAACUACGUGAAAAAAGAAUGAACGAAUUGGUAUUUGAAUGGAGUGAUGAAGUUAACAGCAGUGUUCACAACAAGGAGACGCUAGAAGGCCUGGAACCUCACCCAGACAUAAGAAGCUUGACAAUUGGGGGUUACGGGGGUGAAAAUUUCCCAUCAUGGAUGUCUACUUUGCUACUCAAUAAUCUGAUGGUGCUGAGAUUGAUAGUCUGCAGCAAUUGCAGGCAACUCCCAACACUUGGAUGUCUUCCUUGCCUUAAGAUUCUUCAUAUAAUUGGAAUGCCUAGUGUGAAAUGUAUAGGCAAUGAGUUCUAUAGUAGCAGCAGUGGCAGUGCAGUAGUACUGUUUCCAGCACUAAAAGAACUCACUCUGUCCAAAAUGGAUGGUCUUGAAGAAUGGACGGUACCAGGUGGAGAAGGUGAUCAAGUAUUUCCUCGUCUUGAAGAGUUGCACAUUGAGAAGUGUGGCAUGUUGAGGCAACUCCCAACACUUGGAAGUCUUCCUUGCCUUAAGAUUCUAGAGAUAUAUGCAACGGGUACUAUAACAUGUAUAGGAAAUGAGUUCUAUAGUAGCGGUGGUAGUGCAACGAUACUGUUUCCAGCACUAAAAGAAUUCAUUUUGUUGUAUAUGGAUGAUCUUGAAGAAUGGGUGGUACCAGGUGGAGAAGGUGAUCAGGCAUUUCCUUGUCUUGAAAAGUUGAGGAUUAGGAAUUGUGGCAAGUUGAAAAGCAUUCCUAUAUGUCGUCUUUCAUCUCUUAUAGAAUUUGAAAUUGAUGGAUGUGAUGAGCUGAGAUACUUAUGUGGUGAGUUUCAUGGCUUCACGUCUCUUCAGUUGUUGAGCAUACAUUGGUGUGAGAAGUUGGCAUCCAUUCCAAGCGUACAACACUGCACAGCUCUGGUGGAAUUGGGUAUACGGGGCUGCGGUGAGUUGAUCUCAAUUCCUGGUGAUUUCCGAGAAUUGAAACAUUCUUUGAAGGAAUUGGAAAUUUGGGGUUGUAGAGUGGGAGCUCUUCCAAGCGGACUGCAAUUUUGCGCAUCUCUAGAGCAAUUGCAAAUAGGGAAUUGCCAAGAGCUUAUCCAUAUUAAUGAUCUACAAGAAUUGUCUUCACUACGAAGUUUAGUGAUAAGAUAUUGUAAGAAGCUCAUCAGUAUUGAUUGGCAUGGUUUACAGCAAUUGCGUUCUCUUGUUUAUUUAGAAAUCACUAAGUGUCCUAGCUUGAGUAAUUUCCUAGAGGAUGAUUGCUUAAGCGGCCUCACCCAACUGAAGCAAUUGCUAAUCGGUGAUUUCUCAGAGGAGCUGGAGGCUUUUCCUGCAGGAAUUUUAAACUCAUUCCAACAGCCCAACUUGAGUGGGUCCCUUAAAUCCCUAGUCAUGUAUGGAUGGGAUAACCUGAAGAGUGUACCACACCAACUUCAACACCUCACUACUUGA